AGAUAAUAUGAGGUUUGAUAGAUAUAAAGUUUAAAUAUAAUAUGAAUCUCAAUCGUAUACUGCAUGGCACAAGUAGAAAGAUCACCGAAAACUAGAAAUUCUUGCAAUCAAGAAGAGAAAAUCCGCCACCAUGUCGGCGACCCAGACGCAGACCCAAAGCACCCCCACCGAAACCGGGUCUCUCUCCAUCACCGAGCUACGUCAGCUCCCUUCCAAAGACGCGGAGGCAGUACCGGUAGAUGAAACCCCGGCCUCAACCGAAAUCAUCCAGAGCGAGCCCGCCACCACCCCGGUUCUCAAGCUGGUCGUAGCCGGGUACUCGUUCUUCUGCGCCGGUGUCAACGACGGCACGUUGGGACCCCUGAUCCCGUAUAUCCUAUCCAGCUUCGGCAUCGGCACGGGCGAGAUUGCUAUCAUCUACGCCACAACCUUCACCGGGUGGCUCCUCGCCGCGCUCACCAACCCCAUCAUCAGCGCACACCUCACCCUCGGGCAGCUUCUCCUCAGCGGCGCGCUCCUCCAACUCCUCGCACAUAUCCUGCGCGCGCGGGGUCCCUUCCCGCUCUUCUGCGCCGCCUUCGUUUUGCAGGCUGCGGGCAUGGCGUUCCAGGACGCGCAUAGCAAUGCCUUUGUCAGCGGGCUGAGAAACGUGCCGUAUCGCUGGUUAGGGUUUAUUCAUGCGUGCUAUGCGCUGGGACUGUUUGUUGGUCCGCUUGUUGGGACGGGGGUCGCUACGGUGGGAAAUGGGGAUGGGGAAGGGGAGGGGUGGAGGAGGGUGUAUUUUGUGCUGGUUGGGAUUUGUGUACUUAAUGUCUUUGGCGUGAUCGUUGCGUUUGGAGAUACGCUUUGGGGGAGAGCGAGUCCUGGGGGGAGUGGCGGGGCGGAGAUGCGGAAUCGGGAGGCUGUGAGGGGGAUGUUGCGGAUUUUGAGGACGAGGACGUUUUGGCUGUUGAGCCUGUUUUACUUCUUCACUUUGGGCGCGGGGAUGACUGCUGGUGGGUGGGUGGUUGAGUUCUUGACGACCGUUCGCGGCGGCGAGCUCUCUUCUAUUGGGUACGUGCCUACGGGCAUGUACGGGGGCAUGCUAGCUGGUCGCUUGCUGUUAGCUGAGCCUACGUUUCGGUACGGCGAGCAGCGCAUGCUGCUUGUGUACAGCGCGCUGUGCGUCGUGCUGCAGCUGGUGUUUUGGCUGCAGCCGAAUAUCGUGGGGAGUGCGGUGGCGCUGAGUUUCAUCGGCUUCUUCACCGGACCCUUUUUCGCCACUGGCAUGUCCGUCGCCUCCAAGCUGUUCACUCGAGAGGACCAACCUGCGGCGCUAGGAUUGAUCUUCGUCAUAGCGCAAGCCGGAGGCGCUAUCUUCCCAUCUGUGACUGGUCUAAUAGCGACGAGAGCCGGUGUGGCUGUUUUGCAACCUAUCGUAUUGGCGCUCUUCGUUGCCGGUGGGAUAAGCUGGUGGCUUGUCCCAAAGGUACCACAGCGGGAUGAAUAGGAGUAUCUCUAUUAACUCCGUAGACACACCGGUGCGUAAGAUGCGCCAUGAAGCCCCAAGAAGUCUCGGUGAGUAUAUUGGGUCGAUCGGACCAAUCAAAUCAUACCGACUCGGAAUUUUCCAACCAACUCUCAAUACUUAAUGGGUGUCGUACGAGAACUUCACUGCUUCCAAUAUUUAAAUCAAUAUGCACGCAAUAUUCAAAGUCUCGAUCGUCGAAGUAUUGAAGUAGGCCCCAUCGUGACAAAUUGAAAUGGAUGUUUAAGGGAUUAAGGGGCAGAAUCCAC